AUGGACAACGCUACGUCGACCACGAACAUUUGCGACGAAGAAGCGUCGACAAGAAGACACAAUAAUCCGGGGUCCAAGUUCGUCGCUUUCGUCAGUCGGAACAAACGUCACCUGGCCCUGGCGUUGGCGGCCAUCUUGGUGGUCGCCGUCAUCGCCGCGUCUGUUCUAGUCACAGUGCAGCCCACCCAAGAAAACCUGGAACGACAAGUCUGCAACACCAGCGCCUGCUGGAGCAUAUCGCAGAGGCUGCGGCGCAGUAUGAACGAGUCGGUGGACCCGUGCGAGGACUUCUACCAGUUUGCCUGCCAACGCUGGGACGCCGAUCAGGGCGGUCCCAUCUGGCAAAGCACGGCGGACGCCAUCAAAAGGGACUUCAGUGCUUCCAGGGACAAUCUGCUGCAAGGCAACUUUGCCGAGCCCAACGAAGCCGAGAGUUACCUGAUCGACUUCGUCGGGCACUGUCAAAAUGAAAAACCUCGCAGCACGUCGGAGGGCACGGACCCGGUGCUGGUGGAGCUCAAAUCGAUGGGCGGCUACCCGCUGUUCCAGCAGGAAUGGAAGUGGAAUACCUACUGCUGGAUGCAGGCCGAGGCGAGGCUCGCGCACAUGGGCUACAACCAGGCACUGCUCCAAGCUCGCUUCGAUGUCGACCCCAAAAGGCAUGGGCGGAGAAUCAUCGUGCUGGGACUACAACCGCUGAUGUUCACGCGAGCGGUCCUUGACAAGGAGGACACGGUGGCGGGCAUUCGGACGUUCCUGCGGAACGUCGCACUCAGAUACAGGAAGUUGCACGAUGGCGCCGAAAAAUUCGACAACGAACAGGACAUCCAGAACCAGAUCACCGAGAUGUUAAACUUCUCAAGGGCGCUACUUGAGGAUCUAGAGAACGAAACGGCUGCCACCCAAAAGCCUGAAAGAAUAACGGUGGAGGAACUGUCCAGAAAAAUACCUGAAAUUAAGUGGCUCAACUACCUCCGAAAGCUGACGUCGCCCGCUUUAGAGGAGGCAGGCUUACCGACAUUCAGCGACAAAGACAGCGUGAUGGUGCUCAACCUCCAAGCACUACAAGCACUCGCCAAGUUCCUCGGCAACUGCCGCCAGAACACAAGCCAUGUAAGGGCGAUGGCGAACUACAUAGGCUACAAGUUCCUGAUCAACAGUGUUUUCUUCUCGCCCCAACCGGAGAUACGAGGCACAUACUACAACUACACCAUGCAGCAGGGAGUACAAUUCAACCGUACCGCCAAAUGCAGGGAGCUGGUGGAAACAUUGAGGCUUGUCAGUUACCACCACUACUUCCGUACAAACCGGCACAAGUUUGAUCAGCAAAGGGCACUGGCAGUUCACAUGUUGGACGAAGUAAAGGUACAAUUCAACAACACGCUGAAAGCAGCAGCAUGGAUAGACAGUUCAACAAGGACUCUCCUCAUGAGAAAGCUUUCAAAUGUCCAUGCCUUGGUAGGCUACACCGAGUGGCUUUUGAAUGCAACUAACAUAUACAACUUCUACGGAAUGGAUAAAGCUCCACAAAGCAGUGGUCCAUUCCUUGAACGACUAGUAUACCACAGAGUACAAAAGUACAACCAGCAAGCCAAAGAGCUUUUCUCGGACAGAGAUCCAGAGAUUUGGCAAGACAUAAAUGCAGAAACCGUGAACGCUGCCUAUCACAUACGAGACGUCAAUGUCAAGGUAUACGCUGGCAUGCUUUUGGAGCCAUUCUCGUACCUUGAUGUUCCAAUAUAUGUGAACUACGGUACUGUGGGGUUCGUGGCUGGUCAUGAGAUAAUCCAUGCCUUUGAUGACAGAGGUAUCACUAUUGACAAGUACGGUGUUGACUUUGAAAAAGACCAGUGGUCCAAUGGCACAAGACAUGAGUUCAACCGGCGUAUGCAAUCCCUCAUCGACUUUUAUGCUAAGACAUUUCAGGUCAACGGCAGCCAUACCCGGAAUGAAAAUUUGGCAGACACCUCGGCUGCUAGGUUUUCCUUUAAGUCGUAUCGCCAUGAGCAGGGACCAACCAAAGCACGCGUCUUGCCAGGCUUUGAGAAGUACACUAACGACCAGCUAUACUUCCUCUCAUUUGCUUCGAUAUGGUGCAACAAUAACAAGUAUGACCCGAACUCCAUCUACAGCAACAACCAUGCAAGGGUCAAUGGACCACUGAUGAACUUGGAUGAGUUCGCAGAGACCUUCCAAUGUCCCCGUGGAACCAAGAUGAACCCGACGCAGAAGGCUCCCGUGUGGAAUGUCUAAAAGUCCACAACUGCUAAUAUGUACUUGCUUAUUAGGAGUUUGGCUGUCUAGAUACGCAACUACCUCAGCAUUUACACACACACACGUUUACACAGGUCGA